CCUCGUCCUCCCUCCCUGCCUCUUGCAGCGCUCCUCGUUUAUCUUCUGCCCCGCACCUUGUCUCUUUGGCUGUGACUGUGAUCUUGCCUGCAGCCUGCCACCACGAUGACAUUCCCCGAGACCGUCGAGCCCGACGCCGACUCCGCGUCCCAGAUCGCAUGGCCCAUCCGCCCGAGCGAGCGCGGCCGCCGCGCGUCACACAAGUCGCAGCGCUCCGAGAUUGAGACAGGCUCUGCACGGGGCGGGUCGUCGAGCGCAGGGCGCGGCAAGGCUACGGACGCGUCUGCGUCGGGGAAGAAGCGCAUGUCCACGCUGGACCUGAUCUACUUGAGUGUGUCGAUGGCCGGUUCACAGGUGGCGUGGACGGUCGAGCUCGGAUAUGGGACGCCGUUCCUGCUCGACCUCGGGCUCUCUGAGCAGCUUACGAGUCUUGUGUGGCUCGCGGGGCCCAUCAGCGGGCUUAUUGCGCAGCCUGUUAUUGGUGCUGUCUCGGACGCGUCCACGUCCAAGUACCGGCGGCGAUACUGGGUCGUCGCCUCCACGAUUGUGCUCGUCAUCUCUACACUCACCCUCGCGUACUGUCGCGAGAUCGCUGCGUUCUUCGUCGACCUUUUCGGGUAUGGCGGAGGGAGCUGGGAUCCGAAGUACAGCAAGACGGUAAUUGAUACGGCUAUCGGCUUCGCAAUCGUCUCUUUCUACCUAUUGGACUUCGCGCUCAACGCGCUACAAGCGUCGCUGCGUAACCUGCUGCUGGACAUCACUCCGCCCGAGCAGCUCAACGCUGGCAAUGCUUGGCACAGCCGGAUGCUGAACGCUGGAAACAUCGUCGGCUACGGAUUUGGGUUCUUGCCGCUUGCGAACAUGCCGAUCCUCCGUCUGCUGGGCGGGUCGCAGUUCCGCAAGUUCUGCGUUGUAUGCAUGAUUAUCCUGUGUAUCACUGUGUGGAUUACGUGCUGGACGCAGGAGGAGCAAAUCCGCGAGCCCAGGAGGAUCGAGAAGGGGAAUAGCGUUCGCGAUAUCUUCACAGGGAUCUACUCGACUAUUCUAAGCCUGCCAAAGCCCAUCCGCCGAGUCUGCUAUGUCCAGGUGUUUGCCUUCAUGGGAUGGUUCCCCUUCCUGUUUUACUCUACGACAUACAUUGGUCAAGUAAUGGCGUAUGAGAUGGACGCAGAGCCUGAUCAUGACUACGCCACCAGGACGGGAGCUUUCGCUAUGCUCUUGUACAGCAUCGUCGCCGUCGCCGCAGGAACGCUUCUGCCCUACCUCACGCGCCGUGACACGCGCCUUCUCGCACAAGACGGCGACGAUGAGGACGAGGACUCCGAGCUCUCCCGCCUGCGCGUGCAGGUCCGCGAAUGGCGCGCCGAGGCCGCGCGCCACGGCAAGCCCCUGCGGCUGCCCUUCAUGCCCUUCUUCCUGCGCAACAUCUGGACGGGCGCGAUGCUGCUCUUCACGUUCCUCACGCUCAUGACCUUCUUUGUCACGAAGGUGUGGCAGGCGAUCAUCCUCGUGAGCUUGGUCGGCAUCUGCUGGGCCGUCGCGUGCUGGGCGCCCUUCGCGAUCAUCAUGGAGUUCUUGAAGGAGCGCGAGCGCGAUUCUGACGGCGACAAUGUCCCGCGGGAGUGGCAGCGCCGGCCAUCGCACAGCCGCACGCUUUCGACACCUGCGGCCAGGAGGAACAGCAGGCAAGAUCAGGGCGAACGCGCGCCGCUGCUCCGCCGCCGCCGUUCGUUCGACCAGGCGGACACCGUUCAGCAAGAGGAAGCCGCUGCGGGCGGUACCGUGCUGGGCAUCCAUAACCUCGCGAUCGUCAUGCCGCAAUUCAUCGUUGCGUUGGUCUCGAGCGCCAUCUUCCACGUUGUCGAUUCGGACAUCGACGACGAUCCGGCGAACAACGCAGCGCUGUACGGCAAGAACGGCGUAGCCUGGGUGCUCAGAUUUGGUGGCAUCUGUACCCUGUUCGGCGCCGUCAUCGCACGCAUGGUGCCGCCCACGCGCACAGAGAAGGAGAUGCGCAGGCGUCUGGCCGAGCUCAAGGUCCUUCAAGAAGAGGGCUCGCCGUGAACAUCCUAAUGUGGCUCCUCGACUCACAAUUUUCUUCCAUCGCACUCGUAGUGUACAAGGGUCUUUCUUUCAUCUCGUCUGCCGGAUCUACUCAGGACGUUCCCAGCCCCGAUCUCCCCCGCGUGUUGUUUUGUAUAUCACCGUCGCAUGCUAUCUUGUACAUGUAGCAAGGAUCGCGUAAUCCCAAUCAUCGCCGUUUCUGC